AGAUGGCUACAGACUCAAAGAAAACUGCAGCUCAGAAUUUUUCAGAGGAUGAAGGACUUGUGAUAGUGAAGAUAGAAGAAGAAGAGUUUAUCUGGAGGCAGGACACUUGCUUACAGAGAAGUGAUCCCCUCAGACAGGAGCUCUGCCGGCAACUUUUUAGGCAGUUCUGCUACCAGGAUUCCCCUGGACCUCACGAGGCACUGUGCCGGCUCCGGGAGCUCUGCAGUCAGUGGCUGAAGCCAGAGAUUCAUACUAAGGAACAGAUUCUGGAGCUGCUGGUGCUGGAGCAGUUCCUGACCAUUCUACCAGGGGAUCUGCAGGCCUGGGUGCGUGAACAUUAUCCAGAGAGUGGAGAGGAGGCAGUGACCAUACUGGAAGAUUUGGAGAGAGACACUGAUGAAGCAGUACUCCAGGUUCCAGGCUAUGGACAUGGACAAGAAAUAUUCAGGGAAAAUGUGUCACCUCCUGGACCAGCACUUAGUGUCCAUUUCCAGCCAGUGGAGACCAAAGCCCAUUAUGGUUCUUCAGAACCCCAGGUCCUCCUGGACUGUGUUAAUGAAAGUGAAAACAAUGGAUCCAUGCCAAAGCUGGAAAUUUAUGAAAAAGUGGAAUCACCGAGAAUUAAGUCUGGAAGAAUCUCAGGAUACAUGUCAGAAGAAUCUGAGGAACCUCAAGGCAUCUGUAAGACUGCAGGCAGGGUAAAAAAGCCAGGGGAGUGUCAAAGACUCUCAUCUGCCCGGGAUGGAGGUUUUGGUAAAAUCCUCACCCACAAAAAUACACUCACAGGUGAAAUAAUAAGCCAUGAUGCAUGUGAGAAGAGUUUAAAUCUGAACUCAAAUGAAUUUACACACCAAAAAUCCUGUAAAAACGGUACCUAUGACCAGAGCUUCAAAUGGAAUUCAGAUUUUAUUAACCAUCAAAAAAUUUGUGCUAGAGAAAAAAUUCACCAAUAUGGAAAAUCUUUCAAGAGUACACAACUUGUUACACAUGCAGCAAUUUUCAGUGGAGAGAAAACUCAUCGGUGUAAUGAGUGUGGGAAAAUUUUCAGGCAUAGCUCAAAACUUGUUAGGCAUCAGAGAAUUCACACAGGAGAGAGACCCUAUGAAUGUAAUGAGUGUGGGAAAGGCUUUGCAGGAAACUCAGAUCUUAUUAGACAUCAGCGAAUUCACACUGGGGAAAGACCCUUUGGAUGCAAAGAAUGUGGGAGAGCAUUCAGUCUGAACUCACAUCUUAUUCUGCAUCAGAGAAUCCACACCAGAGAAAAACCCUAUAAAUGCAGUGAAUGUGGGAAAACUUUCCGAGUGAGCUCACACCUUAUUAGACACCUCAGAAUUCAUACUGGAGAGAAACCUUAUGAAUGCAGUGAGUGUGGGAGAGCCUUCAGUCAGAGAUCACACCUUAGUCAACAUCAGAGAAUUCACAUGAGGGAAAAUCUAUUAAUGUAAAGAACUAAAUUCAUAUGGAAAUACUAAAUAACCAAAUGUGAAAAAUAUUAAAUAAAAAAAUAAAUACUGGACAAGAUGAAAGACUGAAA